UUUGAGUGGAGAGAGACAGAUCCAAUGUGUGCAGAGGAGUCAGGGCCCAGGGCCGAGCAGGGGUGGGUGAAACAGAGGUUCUCUAAGUAGGGGGGUGGGCGUGAGAGAAGUAAAAACAGCGGUUCGAGCGCGGAGGAUAAAGAAGUGAGUGGAUCCGUGUGGGACGUGUUGAUCGGAGCGACGGGGCCUUUGCUUGGUGGUCUCUGGCACCGACAUGAAGGCCGACAGGAAUGUGCUGAGACUGGCUGCCGUGCAGCAACUUCGAACUUACGGGAUCAAAGUGAAAAACUGGAACAGGAUCAACGGCAACAACCGGGAACGAGGCCGGGACAAGACCAUCACAUACAAUACAGUGUUUGGCUCCCCUCUGCAUGCUCUACCACAAAGCACUGUUGUUGAACAUGGCACCAUUCCUCAAUUUCUUGUUGAUGCUUGUAACUAUUUAGAAAAGCAUAUUCACACAGAAGGACUCUUCAGAAAAUCAGGAUCUGUGAUUCGCCUUAAAGCUUUAAAGGCAAAAGUGGACCAAGGUGAAAAAUGUAUUACUAUGGCUCCCCCUUGUGAUGUGGCAGGGCUGGUGAAACAGUUUUUUCGGGAGCUACCUGAGCCUGUGCUCCCAAUGGAAUUGCACGAAGCCUUCUUCAAAGCACAGCAACUGCAAAGUGAUGAGAGUAUUUCUGCUACAAUUCUUCUAUCUUGUUUACUACCUGAGAGAACUGCAGAUACACUGCGCUACUUCCUGAUUUUUCUCAAUAAGGUGUCUCUCAGGUCAGAAGAAAACAAAAUGGAUGCCAGUAAUCUUGCUGUAGUGUUUGCACCAAAUUUUUUCCAUUCUGCUGAAGGAAAUGAAAAAUCAACAGCACUAACAGAGAGACGGCUUCAUCUUCAAGCUGCAACUGUGCAUAAACUAAUUGAAAAUUGUGAACAAAUUGGUCGUGUUCCAGAAUUCCUUUUGGAAAAGGUUCCAGCAAUGAUUGGUGUUUAUGCAGAAUCUAGCACACCUUCUUCAUUAGAAAAUUUAGUGGAUGUCGAUGGCUCAACAUUGGAGGGUUGCAUGAGGCGAAGGCGACGUAGUGUUGGAGAUAUAGUUAGCGGGGCAUUAAGUAAACUUAAAGCAAAUCGAACACCGUCUGCUACUCCUCAACUUGAUGCAUCUGGAACAUCUUCAGGUACUCCAAUAAUGAGGACUCCAACAUGGAAACGGAAAAUAAUGGCAGAUUCUUCUCAGAGUCUUGGGUUUUCAAACAAAAAACGGCGUUCAAUAAGACACAAUAUAGCUUUGGAGCUGUUGCCCAGCGGUUUUCUCAGUCAGAAUUCCACGCCAUCUUCACAUGAUGUCAAGAAGAAUGAUGGUAGCCCUCAAGUGUCUCUAGAGUCAUUGCAGGGUCCGCUAUCCCUCUCUGCUGGAAGUGUUAUGCUUCAGUCAACUGCAUCAAUAAAUCGACGGAAAAGUAAACGGCUAGAAAAUAAGAUGGAGAGAAUGGAAUCUGGAAAAGCUAGUUGUUUUUCUCCCAAGCUUAGCCGAAAAGAAAUGGUCCGCAAGUCCUUGCGUUUAAGGUUUAGCCUUGGAAAAAACAAAGACUUUAAUACUUUAUCGUCCAGAGGCCCAGCUCCAAAUGGAUCAGAAAACGUUGGUUGGCGUCUUGCAAAUCAAUGUGAUGUUCACAACUACAGAUGGUUCUCAACGGAAGAUCUCCCAUCAACCCCAGUUGUAAAACACCAAGAUACAAGAGACUCAAAGUGCAUAAGUAAAUCAGAAGAAAAUCUUCUCACUCCGUGCAAUAAAGAUAUCCAACGAAUGUCUUGGGAUGGUUCCAGUCCCACAGAGUCCCAAGUAAUUUGUAGCCAUCUGGAUGUGGGAGCCCCAUUAGAGCGUUACCUAAAUUCCAGAACUUCUCAAUCAGAACCUGCACUAGUCUUUGGGAAACCACCCACCAUACCAGGGGAUUUACGGAGCCAGUGUGCAGUUCACAAAUGUGACAACCAAAAGAGCAGAACUCCUAAAAGUGAAGAUGCAAACAUUGUCACUGAAGAAACUGUGUUGAAUAUUGAAAGGGGAUUUUCUGAAUUGGGAAGUGACCUGUGUUCAUUUGCUGGAGACCAUAAACUUUCCAAUGUGAAAAACCUGUGUGAAAAUGACUUGCUUCUCCAGCAGACUGAAGAUGUGGCUGACCCUCAGAAGCCUAAUAGCCCUUACGGAGAUGUAUCAGAUCCAAACUGUUCAUGCCCUGAAUUGCCAGCUGAACAAGUUUCUGAAACAAAAUUUCAAAAUGCCAAAAUAGGUCCUGGCUCAACAGAUAUGAACUCAUUUGGCAGGAGCAGUAAUCUAAAUUGCAUUAAUAAUUUAGAUCAGCAAGACACAUGUGAAACUGCAGUUCUAAAAGACAAAAACAAGUACCUUCUACCUUUAGAUGAUAGUAGUAGGAUAAACAAAACCCAGCCAUUAUUUAAAUCUGUUGCAAUAUUUUCAUUCAGAGGACAGCCUGAUAAGGUGCCAUUGAAUCAUGAAAUGUUGAAAGAACAAGACGAAAAUAGUUCUGCGCAAAACUUUACUGUGCCAAUUUCUACAGACACAUUAGAUGAUCGUUCUCAUCCAUCUGAAUUACAACAGUCUUUGCUCUUGCAAAAUGAAUUAGAACCUACUUUGACUAAAAGUGGUGACAACAUACUAUCUAUAGAUGGAACUCCAGCUUUGGAAUUCCCUUCAAAGAUGCUUACUUCGGAUGUUCCUUUGAGGAAGGUUUCAGAACAAGUUACGAAGAGCUCUGAAUGUGGUCGUCACAAAGUGAUUGAACAUAUUCAGUGGUUCAACAGUCUUUCAUUAAAUGACCAAACUCCAAAGUGCCAAACUGUUCAAUCACCUAUAACAUUCAAACGUACCCCUGUUCGACAGUCUGUUAGAAGGAUGAAUUCGUUAUUGUAUGGAAAUGACAAAUCGAUAGCGACUAGGACCAGAUCAUGUAAAAUUGCAGCUGGCUCUCCAUUGGUUAAGUCAGUAAGUCAUGAAAGUGUUCUGCCAUCCAAUCCAAAUUCAUUUUCAUUUGUGCAAAGUACAAAUAUUAAGAAAACUAAACAAAAUAAUCUGUCUUUUGAAGGAUUUUGCAAAACCAAAGCAGCAAGACAAACACAGCAUUCUGCAGUUUUUAAACAUGAGCGUUUAGCUAGUCAACAGAAGAAUUCUUUUGAUCAGAAUAUUAAUCAGUCAGUUUUUGGGGAUUUGACUAAUGGAAAAAUGUCAAGAACCCAUCAAAUUGAUGGUGUACUGCCAAAGCGUAGUGUAGUUAUUGAGAAUAUGUCUUGUGCAACUCCAGUGAAAUCCAUCUGUAAUUCCAUGUUGCUUAAAGUUUCAGAAAAGGAAAGACAUCGUUACAAAGGUUCACCAAAGUGUCCGUUAUCAGGAAAGCUGUCAACUAAACCUAUAGACCUAUAAACAUGUAGAAAACGAUUAUUCUGUUAUCAAUCAACAUUUGCUGCUGUUUCUAUGCUUCCAAUUGCACAAGUUGAGCUCUUAAAGUUGGCUUCAACAUUGACAUUCAGGUUAUAAUUACUUGGAAUGCUGGAAUUUGAUUUUAAAAAAUUAAGUAACUAUUGUCAAAUGUAUAAGAACAAUUUUUGUACCUAUGCGUUUUUAUUACUGUGUAUUUGUGUGCUUUGCUGAAGUGUAGGUUAGCUGUGUAGAAAGCUGUCCUCUUACUUUGAGUGAUAUUAGACAAGUAAUAGCUUUGUCAUAUCUUGUAACAGCAGCUUUCUUAACUCUAAUUAUUUUUUAAUUCAUUUUUUAAAUUACUGAGUGAAGAAUUGAAGAUGGGAGAAUUUAAAAUUACAUUUAAAUUCCAAUCAAAAGGAAUGUAAAAUGACACCCGCUUCCCAUGACUGUCCAUGUGUAGUGCAAGUUGACUAUGUGGGCUAAUUUUAUCGUGUUGAUUCUAUUUAACAAGAUUUCUCACUGUAUAUUGAAAUAUCUUCCCCUAUCAGAGAUUCCCAUUAAGCACCUUUUUAGUUAUUUUAUGGUUUUUAUACAGUAUAUUGUACUGUAAUUUUAUAUUUUAAAAUGAACAAAUCUUCAACUGUACUCUGUACUUUUAUUAUGUAAGUUGUCUAUCUCAGCUUUGUACAACAAUCCUGUUGCAUUUGACUUAAAUAUGGCAACUUUUUCAAUGAAAUCAUUGUCAGUUGACCUGAGCAUAAAUAUAAAUGGUAAGAAAUUGUUCACAAUAUUCCAGUCUAUGUUUACAGCAAUAACUCGA